UGUACACAGUAGCAGAGGGGUUUGGGGUCUAGAGCGGCAGGUUGAGGGCGGACAUUCUAAGACAAUCCCCCUCCGUCUCCCCUCCAUCCUCCAUCUUUUGAGACCCCCACUUUCCCAAUGUAGUAAGGUACCUAGGCAAUUCUUAGAUUUUUGGUCCCACGUUUCUCAUCAAUCAAAUCAAUCAGGCCGAAAUUUCGAGAACAGUCAAGACAGGAAGUUACAACUACGUACCUUGACAACGUACCUUGACAACGUACCUUGACAUUACAUACAUUCCAACUCCAUCUACUUACCUAACCUUAGACCUUACCUACCUAACCUUACUUUACAUUACAUUCCUCACCUGCAACCAUUCGUCGCUCACUGUCUUUUAUUCUCUACCUCAACCCACCCGUUCUCAUUUUGAGAACAAGUUUCCUUCAUUCGCUCAUUCGAGUUUCAAGGUCCGAUUAAAUCGCACACCAGCUCGAUAACAUGGCGUCAACUACCAAACAGCGCUUGGCGCUUGCCAUUUGCGACUUUUUGUCCACUUCCUUGACCGAUGGAACCCUACCGUCGGAGGAGAAGGAUAGCAUCGAUGUAGCCAUCAAUUGCAUUGCGGAGUCGUUCAAAGUCGACCCCACCGACCCUUCCGCCGUGACCGCCGCCACUGGCACCCAGAACCUGCUCCAGGUCUAUGGCGUUUACGAGAAGCUAAAGUCCACUACCUCCGCCGCCGCCGCCGCUUCGAAAUCCACCCCGGCAGCAGCCUCCCCACCCGCCGGCGCGAAGGAGCCCACCGCCGACGAGAAGGCCCGAGCUGAUGAGCUGAAGGCGAAGGGAAACCGCGCCAUGGCGUCCAAGGACUACCCCACCGCCAUCGAUAUGUACACCCAGGCGCUGGCCCUGUACCCCGGCAACGCCAUCUACCUAUCCAACCGCGCCGCCGCCUACAGCGCUGCCCGCGAUCACGCUAGUGCUCGCACCGACGCCGAGGCAGCCGUCAGCCUUGACCCUAACUAUACCAAAGCCUGGUCGCGCCUAGGCCUCGCCCGCUUCGCCCUCGGUGACGCUAAGGGCAGCAUGGAAGCGUAUCGCCAGGGUAUCGAACAUGAAGGCAACGGCGGCAGCGAAGCGAUGAAGAAGGGCUUUGAGACAGCCAAGCGACGUGUCGAAGAACUCGAGUCCGACGCCGUCGAGGCCACUCCCCGCGGCGUUGGCGGUGGUGGAGCCGGCGGCAUGCCUGACCUAAGCAGCCUAGCCGGUCUCUUCGGCGGCGGUGGUGGCGCUGGCGCCGGCGGAAACCGAGAAGGUGGCGGUGGUGGCGGUGGCAUGCCCGACUUCAGCUCCAUCAUGAACAACCCCAUGUUCGCCAACAUGGCGCAGAGCCUCAUGUCGAACCCGGAUAUGAUGCAGAAUCUGAUGAGCAACCCACGCCUGCGCGAGAUGGCCGACCGCUUCAGCUCCGGCGGCGGCAUGCCCGACCUCGGCUCCCUCAUGAGCGACCCCAACAUUGCUGAUAUGGCCAAGAACAUGAUGGGUGGCGGAGGUGCUGGCGGAAAUGGAAAUAAUGACGGUGCUGGACGGGGCGCUGGACGAUGAAGAGGAGGUUAAUCCAACUCACCGAAGGCUACGGAGUGCCUGCUUACUUCCAAGUACCGAAACUACCGUGGCCGUUACCCAAGACAGCCAGAGGUUUUCCAGGAAAGCCAACCGGAAAUAUGAUUCUGCGGGAGGUGGACGGCGGCAAUUGGAAUUGGAAUGGGUCACGAAUGUGUCGAUGUGUCGAUGUGUUUGGGAAGACAAAAGACAAAAGACAAAGACAUAGAUGAAGAAGAAGAAAGAGAGAUCAUCACGGUUUUGAGUUUUUGAUCCAAAUGCUAUUAUAAUCAUAGGCCCAAUUCUUGUCUCUUCCCCCCCCCCCCCCCCCCCCCUUUCUUUUUUCGUUACUGGGUGACCAAGUCUCCGUUCUGCGUUAUCUUUUCACUACACGAUGGUAUGAAGGGAGGAGGGAAGGAAGACAUCAUCACGACUAUCACGAGGGACUCCAAGGCUAGACUACAUAGUAGGGUACGCUAGGGUACUAGGUAAUAUGAAUGACCAAGACUCAAUUCGAUCAAUAAAGUAUCAAAAGUUGAUCACGUC